UUUGUGAUGCUCUGUAUCAUCUCAUGGAACUAUUUCCAGGUCAGAGGAUAGGCUAUACUAUGGUAAGCGUUCAUGAUCAACUGCGUGGCCGUUCAGGAACCCGUGCAAUCGCCGACGUAUCAUCUUCUUCCAUAAGUACAAACUCGCUGCCCGCCGACAACUCCGGGUCGGCGCCAAGGCCGCAUUUGCGGUCCAGACGUUCCGCAAAACGUCGGGUGGUUCCUAUCCAAGAAUAAUAAUACUAACUACUGCUACUCCUCAUCAUUGCUCCGGAUCACGCGCCCUUUUCUUCUUGAGCUUACUAUCAGCCACGUUUCCGAGAUGGCGUCCGAAGCCAAGGUAGAAACUCCAGCAACUGACAACACCCCCGGUGGCACCUGGGCAAAGGCCGAAACCAAGUUCACUCGUAAGAACCCUAGCGAAUACUUCGAUCCGUGUCAGGACUUCGCCGACCGCAGUAUCAAAUGCAUGCGUCGGAAUGCUGGAGACAGAGACAUGUGCCAUGACUAUUUCCAGGCGUAUCGUGACUGCAAGAAGGAAUGGAUGACCCAAAGGAAACUUGCUCUGGCAGCAGCCAAGGCUCAACAAUGAUCAUCUUGACCAGCGGCCCGGCCUGAUUUCGGGAGCGGAAGAACGGGAGAUAUUUGGGAAUUCGAGCAGUAAGGCCUCAAUAAGCGGUCAUUUCGAAAACUCCUACUGUACUAUAUUUAUAUUAUGUCGACACGGUUACUUAGGGAGUUAUUGGAUGAGUUCUGGUUCAUGGAACGGAAGCAUUGGCGUUUUUGCCGUUCUCUUCCACGCAGCAACGUCGAUACUACGCGCUUGUUGGUCCGAUAAGCAGACGAUCGGCUGAAAUCCGAUCAUGUAAAACAAUACCGCUUUCGGCAACUUGGCGCUACGUCCAACCAUCUAGAGGGCAGAGAUCAAUGUAUUAUUAUCGUUAUUAUUAUUAUUAGGUCCUUGUGCAUC